AGCUUGCCAAUCAGUAUAAGUCAGUCACUCACUGGGAUACAUUUAGAUGUAUUAUUAAAUAAUGUAAUAAUUCAAUUACAAAACAAAUUAUAAUCAGCUACUUGAACAAAACAAUUUCAAUAAUGUAUACAAAUCAAACGCGUCGGUCGUGUGAAAUCGUUGAAAUGUUUGGAAAAUGCGUGUAUUUGGUGCUUUUUCUUUUAAACGUUAGUGGUUUUCCUCAAAAAAAUGUUGCACAUGAAGAAACCGAGCCACAAAGCUACAAGCUAUACUCUAGGGCGGAUUGGGGGGCGAAGCUCUCAACAGACGAGCGGCCGCUGAAGACCCCGGUCCCCUACGUCAUAAUCCACCACACGGCUAUACCAUUGGCUUGUAAUACCACGGAGGAGUGUAUGGCCGACAUGCGCUCCAUGCAGAGCUACCACCAGGGACUGGGUUGGGGUGACAUUGGAUACAACUUCUGCAUCGGCAACGACGGCAGCGCGUACGAGGGGCGCGGCUGGCGGUGGAUCGGCAUUCACGCUGGGAAGGCCAACUCCCUCAGCGUGGGGAUAUGCCUCAUUGGAGACUGGAGAGUGGAUGAACCUCCAGCGGCUAUGCUGCAAACAGCCAAAGAACUGAUCAGGGACGGUAUCAUGCGAGGAGUCAUCAGCCCGUCCUACCGUCUAAUGGGUCACGGCCAGGUGAUGAGCACGGAGUGUCCGGGGACGCGGUUGCUGAACGAGAUAUCCACCUGGAACAACUACUGGCCUGGACAGUUCGACUCUAGCCAUCAUGCACAUCUCGUGAAAGAAUACUCUAGCAUUCGGCUGUGCGAGUGUGGUGGUGAACUGUUGAUACUGGCAGUAGCAAAGUGUCGGCAUAAUAACAGUGCCAUGUUGAUGUUAGUGCUACCGGUGUUCAGUGCUAUAAUGCUGGGAGUGUUUGCCGUUCCGCCGCCGACGCUUGCUUCCAUCGAUCCCGAGGAGAACGAAGUGAUAACGUACGACUUUCCGUUCGUCUCUCGUGCUGGGUGGCAGGCGCGGACGCCGACGAAGCGAGCUCCACUGUCCGUGCCGGUGGAGUACGUGGUGUUACACCACUCCUACACCCCGGCAGCCUGCUCCGACCGCGCGGGGUGUGCGCGCGCCAUGAGGAGCAUGCAGGACUUCCAUAUGGACGAUAGAGGCUGGUGCGAUGUGGGGUACAAUUUCGGUGUGGGCGGCGACGGCGUGGCGUACGAGGGUCGCGGCUGGGACACUCUGGGGGCGCACGCGCUGCACUUCAACACCGUCAGCCUGGGGAUAUGUAUCAUCGGGGAUUGGACAGAUUCUCUGCCACCCGCGGAACAACUAAAGACAGUUAAAGCUCUGAUAGAGGCCGGCAUCAGCCAGGGCUACAUCAAGCCGGACUACAAGAUAGUGGGUCACAGGCAGGUGAGGGACACGAAGUGCCCCGGGCAAGCGCUGUUCGAGGAAAUCAAGACGUGGCCACACUACUCCAAGUACCCUGCCUCGCCGGAUGAUCUCGUUGAUAUGAAGCUGGUUAAGGUUGCUUCGUAGAUAGCUUGAACCUGGCUUAAUGUAGCCCUAGCUAUAGCCGGCUUAAGAAAGAGCUACAUUAAGCCGGACUACAGGAUUGUGAGGCACAGGCACGUGAGGGACACGGAGAGUCCGGGGCCUGCCGGUGCUUGCGGAAAUCAACAGGUGACCAGGUGGUAACACUAGGUACUCCAACUACCGUUACUACUAUAACUGAUGAUCUCGUUAAUAUGAUGCUAGUUAAGGCUGCUUCGUGAAUUGGCACCUGGCUUGACACGCGAUAGAUUUAGGUGCCUACCACACGUGCAUGCUUGACCACAGUUUUGCUUGCGCAUGCCG